AGUUUAGUCGCCGAAAGUAAAAGCCAAGACCAAGGUCGGUUCCACUGUAUGAACAGCGAAGGCUGACGCCAAGAAAAAAAGAUACCAUCAAACAAAUGACAAAAGCUUAACAAAAACAAAAUCGACCCCUUCGGAUUCUUCCCUCUAUUCUCUUCUUUCUCUGUCUCAUAUUCGCACAUUAACAAAUCUGUCCAGUUCAAUUCAAAGUCUCUCUUUUUCAUUCCCAUCUUUUCUCUCUCGACAUAGGAUAACAAGGGAUAGCUAACUUGAUUAAAAUAAGGGAGAUCCAAUAGCUAUGGCAAAUAAUGCUGCCUCUUGCGCCGAGAGGGCUACAAGUGACAUGUUGAUUGGCCCAGACUGGGCGAUAAACAUUGAGCUUUGUGAUAUCAUCAACAUGGAUCCUGCGCAUGCAAAGGAUGCUUUAAAAGUACUCAAGAAGCGACUAGGAAGCAAAAAUCCUAAGAUACAACUUCUAGCUCUUUUUGCAUUGGAGACUAUCAGCAAAAAUUGUGGGGAGAAUGUAUUUCAGCAAAUCAUUGAGCGUGACAUCCUACACGAUAUGGUUAAAAUAGUGAAGAAGAAGCCAGAUUUGAAUGUUAGAGAAAAGAUUCUUAUCUUGAUAGAUUCAUGGCAAGAAGCUUUUGGAGGACCAAGGGGAAGGUUCCCCCAAUACCAUGCUGCAUAUAAUGAACUAAGGGCUGCUGGAGUUGAGUUUCCACCCCGAGCAGAGAACAGUGUACCGCUCUUUACACCUCCCCAAACACAGCCAAUAAUUGAUGCACCUUCAGCAUAUGAAGAUGCUGCUAUUCAGGCCUCUCUGCAAUCUGAUGCUUCAGGUCUCAGCUUGCCGGAGAUUCAAAAUGCUAGGGGACUAGUAGAUGUGUUAAUGGAAAUGCUUAGUGCCUUGGAUCCUAAGAAUCCUGAGGGGGUGAAAGAGGAGGUGAUUGUUGACCUUGUUGACCAGUGCCGUUCUUACCAAAAACGUGUGAUGCUUCUUGUGAAUAGUACAUCAGACGAGGAGCUUCUAGUUCAGGGGUUGGCAUUGUAUGAUAACUUACAGCGAGUUCUUGGUCGGCAUGAUGAUAUUGCAAAAGGUACUCCUCCAGUAGAAAGGGAAGCUGACACACCAGUUGUGCCACUUGUGGUCAUUAACCAUGAGGAAGAUGAGACAGAAGAUGAUUUUGUCCAGCUUGCUCACAGGUCAUCAAGAGAAAAUUUACAAGGACGAGCCAAGAAACCAGUCAGUGUUAGGACUGAACCGGCAAGACUCAGCCCUCCUCCUGCAUCAAAGAAGCCAAUCAGUGUGGAUUCUGGCAAAAUUGAUUAUCUCAGUGGCGACAUCUACAAGUCGCAAGGUUCUCUUGGAAAUUCGGAGCCCACAUCCAAUGCUGUUCCAUUACAUUUCAGCUCAAACUUCUCACCUCCACAUUCUCCAACUUUGUCUGCUUCAUCUCCUCAGUCCCAUACUGUAAAUUCUUCACCUUUUUACACUGGGCAGCCUUUAUAUGAUGAACCAGGUCCUUUAAGCAAAUCUGCUGAUCAGCUACCUCCAGCACCUCGGGAGGCACCUCGUGGAUCUCUUCCACCCCCUCCUUCCAGGUACAAUCAGAGACAGGAAUUCUUUGAGCAACAUGGAUCUAUUGGCAGCUCUACUAAUUCAAGUAGCGGCUCUGGUUCCUCUUAUGAUGGUUUAGUUGGACAAACCCAGAAUCUCUCUGUUAAUCCAUCUACUCCCAAUAAACAAACAAAACCAGAAGAUGCUCUCUUCAAAGAUCUGGUUGAUUUCGCUAAAGCCAAGUCAUCUUCGUCAUCCAAACCCAAUAGAUCCUUUUAGUCAGUAAAGUUCGUCUGUGUUGGUACAGCUUUUGGAUACUCCUAGACCACAGGUUUUGCAUGAGACUGAGAUUUAUUGCCAGUUAAUAAAUGUGAGCUUUCAAUUAUGGCUUGUGUAUUGUAAAUGCUGUGUGGCAGAAGUUUAUGUUGAGAUGAACUGCUUAUUGAAUUUAUUCUAGUGAAUAUAUUUAACA